CUCUUUCUAUGGCAAGGGGUCUUUUAUUUUCUCUUCCCAAAAAUUCUACCCACAAAAACCACAGAAGCAAACCCUCCGUUUCCCCUCUCUAAUCGGCGCCUGUGUCAUCACCGGCUGACAUUUCCUCAAUCGAUGUCAAUGAGUACGAUGUAGAUCUCUAGCAACCUGGGCACAGUCGAGCUCGAAUUGCACAACAAGAAUGGAAAGAUCUCCGCGAGCGAGUAUUCAGCAAUCGAGAGAUAUCCGAUCCAAUCGAUGUCUUUUCCUCCAAUCAACCGUGACUAAGGAGUAAGCUGCUGGCACGAUUGUCCCGACGUUGCGAUUACGGUGCCAUCGUGGCUGAAAUUGGGAGGAGACAAGACCGAGGUAGAAGUCGGGUGCUAGAGGUAUAGUAUUUUUCCUUCUUUUAAUUCUUCUUUUUUUUUUUUAUUCUAAACAAGGUCUAUUCUUUCUGAAUUUAGAUCCAUCGUAGAUUAUGCGGGAAUUUUUGUUAUAAAUACUUUGAUGUUGUGCAUCAUUUAUUCAUUUAUAUACUCUUAUAAAUAGUUUGGAAUUCAUCAAGGUGACAUGCUAAUCUCCCUACGAGUUCUAAUUGAAACCGGUAUAGUUUGGAUGCUUCUUCUUCCAUUUUUUGGGCGUUGUUAAUUCAUUCAAGAUGUUGGGGUGCUUAGAGGAGACAGAGAGCAAUUAAUUUGGUACUGUUUGUUGGUUUGAAGCUCUUGGUUAAUCAGAGCUUCUAACUCUUUUUUGUUGAUGUAUGUAGAAGUUUAAUCUUGUAAAUAUUAUAAGUGAAAGAUGGUUUCAAAACAAAACUGGAGUUUAUUGAUUAAAGUAUAAGAAUGAGGAUUAUUUGGGUAUAGAUUCUCUGUUUUAGUGGCUAGUAGCUUUGUAAUCAUUUGAGCAGCAACUGGGAGCAAUUAGAGGGUUAAGAAACCCACUGAUUAGGUUGGCUUUCUUUGCAACUCUCUCUCUCUCUCUCUCUCUCUCUCUCUCUCUCUCUCUCUCUCUCUCUCUCUCUCUCUCCGUCCAGAUAUCCUGACUAUUUUCUUAAACAAAAAGGAACAGGGGAAAAUGAUUAGCAUGAGGUGUUGGGUUGCAUGUUUGGUCAUGGGUGAAAUUGGCACCUACAUAAACCUUCUUUUUUUUUUUUAUGCUUUAACUUAAUUCAUUGAGUUUAGAAAAAAAAACAUAGCACUGAUGUAAUAAUCAAACAUUACUAACUACCUUAUUGAAAAGUAGGACUACAGGGAAUUAAAGUAACUCCUUGUAUGCAUUAUCUCCAUAUUGCGCAACCAUUAUACUUGUCCUAGCUUGAUAUAUGAACUUAACCUCACUGAGUAUUGAGUAUUUUAGACUAGAUAAGGCUCCCAUAAACCUUAAGAAACCACAGAGAGCUAAUAAGAGUUAUAUUUGUCUCUUUAGCUCUGUCAAUAGACAAAACUAGUUACUUUAUGCUAUCAUGGUAUCGACUAAAGAUUUAACCCGCAAAAUACUUAAUCUGCAGGCCCGAUAGCUAAGAUUUUUGAGACAUUAUAUUCUUAUGAGUACGACCCUGUAGCAGCUGAGGAUAGAGGUGAUGAACGUGCUCAAGAUUGACUUUUGAAGAUGGUGGAUAGCUCACUUCUUCUCUUUAUUAAGUUCUGCAAAAAUAAAGAUCAUAUUUGCAUGGUGGACACUUUGUUGUAUUCUCAUGAGGUUGUAGAGAUCUUAUUCGAUGUACGCUAAUAGUCAACCUAAUACUUACUUAAUAGGACGCUUUAGAGUAUUGGGACUUUAUUUGUGUCCUUAAGCCUUUUAGGACAGCCUACUACAGGAUCUUUUUCUAUACAUCUCGAAACCAUAAGCGUCUCGAAAAGUGACCUAAUGGGACGUGUAGCAACAUCCCGAAACGUCAUUUUUUUUGUAGUGUAUAUAUAUAUGAGUUUCCCGAGCAACAUCUGAAAUUACUGAAAUAGACUUACAAAAAUUUUAGUAUUUCCUUUUAUUUAGGUAAAGGUGAUGAUUAAGUGUUAAAAGAGAGAAAGAGAACAGAUUAUGCCUUCCCUUGAUUUAGGAAUCAAAGAUUUACAAAAAGUACCGAGAGAUAUCCGGAAUCCAAAAACAACUGAUAUUCGGAAGUGAUGGUCUGCCUAUAAUUAUAUAUACACAAACUGUAUAUGGCAAAUAUCUUCAUCAUCAAUUUGUAUAGUUAUAUAUUAUUAAUAAAUUCUUACUUUUCAUCCCUUUGUUUAGAGUUUUCUCCCUCCCGCAUAUUUUGCGUACGUAUGUCCAUGGAGGUGUCGAUUGAUUGGUCUUCUCUUUUACCCGAUCUGUUGUCAGAGAUCGCCAUUCGCAUACAUUGCGCGGAUGAUUUCAUGGCUUUCCGAGGUGUUUGUACUUCUUGGCGAGCCGUGGCCACCAAAGACAAGUUCGUCCCGUCAUGGCCGCCAAUAGUUCCACUGCUUAUGCUUCCAGGACACGAAAACGCCAACCACGAACGCGAAUUCUACAGUUUAUCACAGAGAAGUACUAGCCUGAGGUUAUCUCUGCCGGAAGCAAAGGUAAACGAUGCAUCGGAGUAAGAUUCGGAUGGGUACUUACCAUCGCGAAUUCUGGAGAGAUAACUUUGUUGAAUCCUUUCUCUCGUGAGUGCAUGAUCCUACCCAGACUUAAACGUUUCCCAAAGUACAAAGGUUACCGGACUGAUCCUUUUUGUUUCUUCAUAAAACAAGCAGUACUUUCACAUAAUCCAUCCAAUGGGUCGGAUUUUACGCUAAUGACAAUUGCCUAUGGGAGUAGAUUUUUAGCUUUCUGGAGGCCCGGAAAUCCAGAAUGGACCAGGAUACCACGAUCAACUAGAUGUACAUUCAGGCAUGUCAAUUACUAUAAAGGAAAGUUCUAUGCAAUCACGUCUAAAGGAGCUAUCAUGGCUUGGAAUGAUGAUGAUCAAUCUUCGUUGCCGAAGUUUGCCGUUGGCAUUUUCUCCAUAGCUGACGAGUCGUUCUGGAUCCAUAGACAAGUAUAUUUAGUGGAAUCAUCAUCAGGGGAGUUGCGGGUGGUUUUACGAGUAGAGGAUGAUCAUGACGACGGAAGCGAUGAUUAUCUUCCCAUUAAGUACUACUAUACUACAAGAUUCAAGGUGUACCAUUUGGAUAUAGUGCAACAUGAGUGGAAGGAGAUUUCUAGUUUGGGAGGGGAUGCGGUGUUUAUUGGGUCCAAUGCGGCGAUUUCUAUCUCAAUGGCAGAGGCAGAAUUGAGCGGAAUUCAGUCGAACUGUAUAUAUUUUACCGACGAUUUUCUGGAAGCAAGUGAAGCAGAAGCAAGAAUGCGUGGGAAGGAUAUGGGUAUCUACAAUGUUGAAGAUGGAAAUGUCGAACGUUUUCAUGGUAUUGAAGGUGAUUCCGUCUCAAGUUUAAUCUGCCCAUCCUUGUGGAUUUCUCAGGGCGACAAGGGAUGAGCAUAUA